AUGGGAUCCCCUGCCACCUGGUCCAUCCGUGCCAUAACCUGGAGGCUGGCCAUGGCUCUCAGCUGGGCCUCCUAUGGACACCAAAGAGUCUGGACAAAAGUGGAAGAGUCCCCAAGCUUCCUCUCUGUGCAGUGCUGGGCCGUGAGGUAUCCCGAGGCCAUCGACUGUUCCUGGACCACAGACAGAGAGACAGAGACAGAUCCUGAGCUGGGCCUGCAGGCUUCCUUUAUUGCCACCUACAGGUUAGGGAUGAUCACCCAAGGGGAGACACAUCCCUGCCUCCAGCCCUCCCCUAAGGCCAGGAGCUGUGUCAUCCCUGACAUUCAGAUGUUCUCCAUGACCCCCUACAUACUCAACAUCACAGUUAUCACUCGACAAGGAGCCAGAAGUAGGCUGGUCCCCUUCAUUGCGGAGCAUAUAAUUAAACCUGACCCACCAGAAGCUAUGAGUGUGAGUCCUGUCCCUGGCAAGCAACUCCGGGUACAGUGGGAGCCCCCCCACUCUUGGCCCCUCCCCCACUAUUUCCCACUCAAGUACCUGAUCCGUUACCAGCGACAGGGGGCCACCCAAUUCCGACAGGUGGGGCCAAUUGAGGAAACAUCCUUCAUCCUGCAAGGCCUACGCCCCAGGACCCAAUACCAAGUGCAGGUUGCAGCCGGUGACUUUAUGGACUAUGGGGAACUAAGCACUUGGAGCACUGUGGUGACCACCACCCCUGGGAGCAAGUGA